GACGGAGUUGUUCAGCAUGCCAAUCUCUCCUCUUCCUGAGGAUAGCGUCCGCCGGCUUGGGUCAUCCCUUGUCAUCACCAGCCCGGUGCUCCUGCUUAAGGAACUCAUCGAGAACGCCAUUGAUUCCGGAGCCACCUGCAUCGAAAUCCUAGUCUCCCAAAACACGGUCGACAAACUUGAGGUGAGGGAUAAUGGCCGUGGUAUUCACCCGGAUGACCUGGACUUUCUUGGCCGCCCAGGCCACACGAGCAAGCUUAGGUCCCUUGAUGAACUGAAUGACCUUGGUGGGAACACGCUUGGAUUCCGCGGAGUUGCGCUGGCAAGUGCCAACCGCCUGGGGGAUGUUUCAGUGAUCAGCAGAGUCUCAUCCGAGCCCGUCGCUGCCGUGGUCUCCCUCGCAAAAGGGGGUGGCAUCGGCACACAACGCCAUGCUGCUGCUCCAGUAGGCACCAUUGUCUGCGUUACGGGGCUGUUCAAGGGCCUUCCCGUUAGACUACGGGUUGCCGUCAAGGAAGCGGCAAGGAACCUCGCCAAGAUGCAGGAACUACUACAGUCUUAUGCCCUUACAAGACCAUGGCUGAGGCUGAGAUUCACAGUGCUGAAGAGUCCAAAUCUGUCGUGGUCUUACGCCCCUGUGCCGGGCGGAAGUGUCACAGAGGCGGCCAUGCAACUAUUCGGCACCGCACUCGCGUCUCAGUGCACCUUCAGGACGUUUCCUGGCGUAGAGUCACAAUCAGACGCGGACCCUACCAACACGCUGGUGUGCGAAGCGCUCCUGCCAAGGCCCGGCGCUGACCCUGACAAGAUUAACAAAGGUGCCUUCCUCUCUGUGGACUCCAGACCGGUUUCUGCAAAGCGUGGUACGGCUAAGAAGCUCGUCUCCAUUUUCAAGAAGAGAAUGGGAGUCUCUCUCAACCCGUCUCGCUCAGACGACGUGCCCAGGGAACCCUUCAUCAGGUUGAAUAUCCGCUGUCCACCAGGCACUUACGAUGUCAACGUCGAGCCGUCGAAGGACGAUGUUCUGUUCAAGGACGAACAACGCAUUCUUGAUCAGUUUGAAUCCUUUCUCUCGCUUGUCUACCCUGUCCCUGAGCCUUGCGACUCGCCUCGUCCAUCUGUACCCGCGGUCGUAGCCGGCUGUGAACGGUCACCGUGUGAGACACCCUCUGCCGUGUCCGCUAAUCCUCCUAGCCGUCCUUUAGCGCCACUGAAUACGGUUUCAUCGUGGAAAGUUGACAUGUACUCGAGCCUUGAAGAUAUGGACGGUGGCGACAACAGUGGUGACCUUGAUGCGGAACAAAGCCCACAACGGGGAGCCGACGAGGUCCCGGCUUCUGGGCCCGAAGAUGACAUGAGCGAAGCUAUCAAGGGCCAAUCUUCAAAAGAAGGCCUAAACCCAUGGUCCAUCGCCAGGCUAACCAGCUCCAACCGGAGAGGCGACCCGCUGGCCAACGAGCGGAAACAGGAGGUUCGCCAACAAGCUCCAUUACAACUUCCCGUGCACGGCUCGGCCAUUGACACCGAUGGAACCUCGGCGCUGGCCACGAGGGCUUCGGGCGCGGGUGACAGACUGGAAUUUCAGCCCAGCCACCAAGUCCUUGACCAUCCGGCUUCUGAAGGCAAGUCUCUGCGAGAUGUUCUUGGCCACGUACAACACCGAGCAUCCGCCAGCUCCGCUUGGUCCUCGAACCGCCGAACCCGGUCGCGCCGGAAUCACGUCCUGCAGAGCCCGCCGACGUCCUCCCCCCGUGAAUACGACUACGACGCAGUUAGCUCAGGGGAACGCCGAGCCCAACGACCCGCGAGGCGCUCAGACGGCCUGGUGCAAGCUCAGAUAUCGUUCGAUAGGAACAACAGGCGGCAAGGGCACCAUGAUCGAGUUAGACUUGACGGCAACCAGCUGCUGUCAGAGCCCGUCAGUCGGAACCCGCGCAUAAGAACUUCGGCUUCGGCUGCAGCACAUCGUUUGUGGUCCGAAGAAGGGAAUUUCAUGUUUGGGGGCCCUGCUGGCAUCAACGCCGGCCGUGAAAGAGAUACUAGGCCUGAUGAAGAGACGCAGUGGCCAGGUUCGGCAAUAGAUGAUGCAAGGGCGCAGCUCAUCAAGCAACAACGUCUCGGGACACAGAACCCACAGAGGAAGUCGAGGAGAACGAAGACAGAGCAGCUACCCCUCGAGACGAUUCCACACGAACUACAGACAUGUACACUCUUGAUAACAGUAAGGGCAAACGUAGACCGAGUGGCACAGCUGCUUACCAAAGUCUCUCGGUUCGACACUUGGUUCGUUGAUGGGAAGCUGAGAGGCGCGUUUGAGGAUUUGACCAGUCCCGAGGAGAAGGCCAAGCUAGUUGAACCUCUCCUAGCCCACAUUAGCCACGGGCGUGCAGUGGCAACGUGA